AUGUCUAACUAUCAAUUAGAUAUCCAAACGCCUCUAAUCCAAGAAUCAUCAUCAAAAUAUUUUUAUCCAUUACAACCACAUACCUAUCAUGAAAAACAACAAUACCCAAAUGGCAUUAAACCUACAACACAUAUUCAAGAAAAAUAUAAAAAUGAUUAUAUUUACUCACUUACAUUUUUUAUUUUAGGAUCACCCAUUUGCAAAGUUAGAAAAAUUGCAUUUAUCUCUCUAUUACUUGCAACUGCAUAUAUUGUUAUUCCAUAUAUUUUUGGGUUAAUUUAUGUCUUUGCAAAUUUAAAAAAAUUGUAA